CUGGUUGUGCUCGUAGUACUAUUCCAAGCUCCAGCGCGUACAAUUGAAAGGCGGUCAGAAGAAAGAUUGAAGAAUCUACAACGAGUAGUACGAGGGCACGUGUGAUUCCACCCUUAAUGACAAGUUAAUGUCCUAUCACAUCAACCGAGAUUUCCAAGAUCGACUGAUAGAGUAGCUGCUGGCUUCCUAAGAUUCCUAGUAUCGAAUUUGAUGGACAUCGUUCUACAACUGACCAACCUGUCAUUUGGAAAUGGCGCGUCCGGUAUCGCAUGCCCCACUUCUCUUUCAGAGUCACAUAGGGUGCAAGAUGUGUUCAGAAUAGAUGAUCUUCCAAAUGAACUCCUUUCCACCAUCUUCGAGAAUCUCGACCUUGGGCAACGAACACAUCCUGAGAGGGUUCUCACUGGCGUGUGCAAGAAGUGGUAUUCCGUAGCUGUGCACACUCCUGCACUCUGGACUACAAUCUCGGUAGUGCCGCCGGGGUCUAUCCAGCUCAUCAAGACUUACCUGUCCAGAUCUAGUGGCAGCCCGCUUGACCUUUACUUCGAAACGUGGUCUGAUGAAGGGAUCUGGAAGGGACCACUCAAGCAGCGGCUGGCUGUUCUCAUGAGAAGUUCUCAAAGAUGGCGCUCACUGUCAUUGAUAGGCAUGGACGUGCGAAACACACAACUGGUUCUCUCCAGAGUCAACAACCUUGGCUAUCUUCCACUGCUCAGACAUUUGACAGUGCACAAGAAGGAAACGGGUCCCGAAGAAUUUCGUCAUUGCUUCCCGUACAUCGCUUCACACCCCGGUCCUGCCCUCACAGAGUUGGGCAUAGCCAUCGCGGGAGGCACGUCCUCCUUCUUCAACUCUUUGACGCACCUCACGGUGGACACCGAAAAUGACUAUGUCGUACCCAGCUGGACAAGGUUCAAACUACUACUUUUGUCUUUGCCAAACUUGGAAUUCCUCAAGCUUCAAGGAGAUGUUGUAGAAUUCGAUUUCGAUGAACAGGAUUUUGAGUUUACCGACUGUCCCUAUUACGGCGUCGUGCAUAUCCCAACUCUACGCACGCUCAUCCUCCAACCCCACAGCUUGAAUCAGCUUCAUUCCAUUCUGAGCGGCAUAUUCGCCCCUCAUCUUCAUCGUCUUAUGCUCUUCCAUCCGGUGGAUGAUGAAAAGCCUACGUAUGAAAGGGACAAAUUCUGGGAUGAUCCAGACACCUAUCUUCACGAUGAUUCUGGCGAUACACGAUUCCCCGAAGUAAAGAUACUUGUUCUGAGCAAUUGCACAAAUCCUGCAUUCGUUCAUGGAACCAAGUUCCUUCGUGCUUUUCCGAGCGUCGAGCAUAUUCUACUUGUUCAUCAUGCCGUCGUCGCGUUUUGCUUGAUGCUGUCCAUGGAGAUAGAGUCCGGGAGUAUAACAACGGAAUGUCUCUUGGCGCAGCUCAAGUCGAUCACUAUCUAUCACACAACGAUCGAGGGACGUCUCAUCUUCCCGUUAGCUAUAAAGGCCUGGUCCACGUACUCUGGUCUAGACUCGCAAUUAGUUGAGGUUGAGUCAUAGUGUUAAUAAAGUUGCUGGGGUGAGGUUGUCCGAUACGACUGAUCUAAAACGAAGGGGAUUAACGACUGCCAGUGUCACAUCGGAUACAUCACCGUUUGUACCCAAUAGACAAAUAACGUGUACAAAAUAGACAUCACUACGGUAUAUGUAAAAUUUCAAGGCAUUCUGGCAUAGACAUUU